AUGGCAAAGAACUUGGAGAGGACGAGCAUUUUAAUUCGAGCAAUUGUUGAUGAUGGAAACGUAUUGGGUCUGUAUCAUCUUAACUUUGGCUCUGUUUUCAGGAUUUUGAAAGUAUACGAAUCCUGGUGUUUGUUUCGAACAUGUGUUGGUGACUUACCUUUGUUUGUUCCUUUAUUUAAUUUUUUUUCCAUUCCCUUUCUCCUACAUAUUUUUGCCAAAAGGAAUUUUGCGAAUGACAGCGAGAACAAAGAAAAGUGGUACAAGUUCAAUGUCAUCUUUGUAGAGGAAUUUGAAAUGAACGAGGAAACACUAGAAGCGGAAUGUUUAGGAGGCACAUACAAAGCUGCAGUUUACGACACUGGUGAGUAUGCAGUAAACAGUUAUCCCGAAACUCGACAUCGCUACUGGAAAGGCCACAUGCUUUUCUAUGAGUCCUCAGACAAACUCAAUUCUCAGUACGGCUCUGCUGCUGAUGGCAGUGGACUGGUGCGACAUGAUAUAGGCCUGAGGUCCCCUCCACCGUCCCCAUCCUCAUCCUCUAUAUCCUCAAGCUCAGGUCCCCCGUCACCCAUCCGAACAGACGGUCUAAAUCAGCUAACAGCGUUACUUCAAAGAGGAGAAAAGAAAGCAUUUUCAAGGAAAAAAUGCCAGCUUCUAUCCAGAGAGUGGUUAGUUCAUGAAUUUUUUUCCAUAGUUCACACUGAAAAUCUUCAAUUCAUGCAAAAUAGAGAUGUUUAUAACGUGGAUUACUUCAGAUUUGUCCUCAACCUGGCAUCUUGCAAUGCGAGAAGUUCGUCAUCUGAUAAGCUCGCCAUCCUGUCCGUUUGCAGUCUGCAGCUUGCUGUUCAGUUCUUAUUUAAUACCUACUUUAGAACGACGAACAAACUCAGAACACAGACAGAGGAGUGGUGUUCGUGUGUUGGGGCCAUAGUAAAGAACAACAGUGAGGCUUGUGUAUGGUUUGUCAACUUCUUGGCUGGAGAGAGAGGCAAAGGUUACAUAAGGUACGUUUUCUUCCCGUUUAGCUCGCAACACAUGUUUUCU